GAGGCAGUACAGAUUAUUUUUCAGAGCUUAAACAUCAAUGCACAAAACGGAAGUGGAGGAAACUGAAUGUCAAACUGUAGCAUGGUGAACAGUGCUUUUAGGUAAGCUACAGUAAAAAUGUCUGGGUAUAGUUUGUUUAGGAUAGCAUUGUCAACACAAUGCAACGCUGCAACAUUGCUCUGCAGGACGAACAUAUUGAACAGACUGCAGACGUGCGGAUAUGCGAAAAAAGUUGCGGCCAAAAGCAAAGCUAAAGGCAUGGCGAAGGAGGCACCAAAAGGUCCUGAGGUGUGUAAAGACCCUGUCAGACUUACAUCUUAUGCAGUAGGGGUCAACAUCUUCAAGCAAGGAGAAGACCCCAAACUAAAGCCCCCUCAGGAGUAUCCGGAGUGGUUGUUCCAGUUGAAUCUGGGAAAGCCCAAAGACGUGCAUGACUUGGAGACAGACACCUGGGAGUACUGGAAGCGUCUGAGGAAGGGAAACAUGUUGCGUCACAACAGACUACACAAAGGGAAGAAGUUUUAGGCCUUCAGUGGACUUCCUGUAUAGUGACGUGCUUCAUACUCUUGUGGACUGAAUAACCUGACAUUGGUGUAUGUCCAGAGCCUGUGUCAACUUCCUGAAUGAAGUACUGUUCGAUCGACUCUUUCCCACUUGCUACCUAUCCAGUGGGUUAUUUGUGAUUAUGCUGCAUAUUCAGUGGUAUCCAUGCAUUGGCCCUCUGGUGAUAAAAGCUGAAAUAAAGCUUGUUUCCCAAUUAGGUUUUUGAUUAUACUAUACGACAGUAUGUAAGUAAGGCCUAAAAAUAAGACCACCAGAAAGGCUGAUAACGUCAUUCUUGAGCUUGGAAACAGUAGUUGAGAAAACAAUCUCUCGUCAUUGUCUGUUUAACAGCUCUUGUAUCACUUGAUCUUCCUCAGGAGAUGGACUUUUCCUACUCGUCAUUGAAUUUGAUAUCUUCAGAUUUUAAAGAUCAUGUGAAUCAGUUGGAAAACACAAAAACAGCAACUAAAUGCACCAUGUAGAGAGAUUGCUUUGCCAACUUCAGGCAGGUAGUUAUACUGAAUAUGUUGCAAAACUUUUGCAUUGGAUCAAAUUAAAUUGUACAUGCAUUCAUGUUUUUUGUGUGUGUCCAUAUCCGAAGACAAAUUACCUGCCAUUGAUAUUUCGUUUUUGCAGACUUAUUAUGAAUACAUAUGAGUAAAUAUCCUUCAAA